AUGUCAUCAAGUCUUCAGGAUGUGUCACUUGCAAAGUGGCAAUGGCAAGAUCCCUUAACGAGAUUCUUCCUAAUUACCAUAAUAUUUAUAUGGGGUUAUGUUCUCGAGCUUUGUGGAGAGCAGCCUGAUUAUAAUCCCGAACUUCAGUAUUUGAUGAGUUUCGGAUCAUUUAUAGUGGCCCUUAUUGUUGGGAUCCUGGCUCAAGCCACUCUUGCUCAUAUGUUUGCUUACAUACAGGGAUACUUUUUGCUCAGAAGACAUGGAAUUCCUCUCGAAGCCAUCAUGAGUGGUGAACAAACUCCAUUAAGAGUUCUAUCAGCAUGUCUUGUAAUAUUUAAACAAAAUGAUGUCAGUACUAAAGGUUAUAAAAAACGAAAAUACACUAAAUACUUUCAGAUAGCUUUGUACUCGAGCACUUUAUUUGUUUAUAUUGCAAGUGUUGGUGCUGGUGCGUACGCUUCAUCAAAGUUGGGAACGCCUUACGUUUAUAUUACCACCCCAAUUAAAUGGGCACAAACUCCAACGGUGGGGAAACAGGAUAGCUUGAAUAAUGCGUUUAUUUCUCGGAAUUUCAUCGGAGCAAUGAACAUGAUUCAAUUUAAUUCAUUGGCUAAAUGGGUUGAUAAGACCAGAGGAGAUAAACGAGAGAUAGCAUUUCUGCCAGUAACUUUUACUACAUUAAAGGAUGCUUUAGUAAAUGCCAACCUUGGAGAUACGAAUGGUAUCAAGUGGAGGGUAGAAAUGGAAUUGGAUAAUAUUAAUAUGCAAUACUUGGCCGCUCAAU